GUUGCCCAGCGACCGGCCAGGGAGGUGGGCAAGCGCCAGAAGAACACGGAAUACAUGAAGAAGCUCUUGGUAUACUUGAUAUCGUCUUUUGGUUUUGUUUAUUUCUUGCUUUGCUUUUGGCCGAAAAUUAUACGUACCAAUGGAAUUUGGAUUUAUUUUGGGCGCAAGCAGCCUUCUGCAGGGCUAAUGUGUACUACGAUGAAGGGCGAUUGGAGGAUUUUUUAAAAUGCAAAUCUUGAAUUCCACCAAAAAUUUUUCCCUAAAUCCUAAAACAGGCUCUGGAGGCCGCGCACCCGGUGAAGUGCAUUUACACGGACAAGAAGGAGUAAAAAGUCAGACGAGGACGACGCAAAAUGGAGCAUAGAACCACUCUGAAAACAACAACCCUCGCUGCCAGAUGACUUUAAUUUGUGGCGCCGAACAGCACUUGUGCAGCGCGGAAAAAUGUUGAGAAGAUUCUGACUACGAUUUAAAAAUCUGACAGC